AUGGACGUUCGGAGCAUUCUAUACGCUACCUUUAUCUUACCCACGAUUGCACUUGCAACAUGCACUUGUUGUCAGGCUUUGACGAGUGUCCUAGGCUCAAGCGUAGUAUAUCCAAAUAGCACGGCAUACGAAUGCUCGGUGUCGUCGUACUGGUCGCAGCAAGAGCAGCUGAUCAGUCCUUCAUGCGUUUUGUCCGCCACUUCCGCUGAGGAUGUCUCCAAAGCACUGCGGGUUCUGGUUCCCAAGGCCUGCAAGUUUGCUGUGCGCAGUGGUGGUCAUGGAGCAAUUGCUGGGAUUGCCAAUAUUCAAGACGGAGUGACUAUUGACCUCAGUGCUUUGAAUUGGACUGUUCCCUCCGCGGACGGAAGCCUCGUGUCAGUCGGGCCUGGACAGCGAUGGGGAGGGCUAUAUACGGCCCUAGACACUAUCGGAGUGUCUGUACCAGGAGGUAGAGAUAGUCCGGUGGGAGUGGGAGGGACUACUUUGGGUGGUGGCUUCGGCUACUUUGCUACGAAAGCUGGAUUUGCCUGUGACAGCGUGGUCGAAUAUCAGGUGGUCCUUGCGAAUGGCAGAAUUGUCAACGCGACGAAGGACAAGGAGCACGAUCUUUGGCUGGCUCUCAAAGGAGGAUCCAAUAACUUUGGUAUUGUGACCAACUUUGUCUUCAAAACGUUUCCUCUAGGGGAGGUAUGGGGAGGGGAUAUCUACUACCCAGUGAGCACACUGGACCAACAGCUGGACGCAUUCCAUCGCUUCACCUCCAAUCCCAACUACGACGUCAAGGCCGGCCUCAUCCACAACUUUGCGUUCAGCCCAGCCACGGGUCCUAUGCUCACCAACCAAUUAGCCUACGCGAGUCCCCAAGAGAAUCCAGCCCCUUUCAAACCAUUCACUUCUAUCCAGCCUCAAAUGAUGGCCAGUGCUCAGGUGAUGUCACUAGGAGCUCUCGCGGCCAAGGGAGGUUCGCUGUCACCAAACUCUCGCCAACAAAUCACAUUCGCGGUCACCUUUGAGAACGACCUCGACUUGCUGAAGCAAGUCUUUGAGAUAUGGAAUGGGAGCACCACUGACGUAGCAGCUAUCCCCAGUAUCCAAUGGACCAUUAGCCUGGAACCCAUAGUCCCCGCCAUAGCAUAUCAGAGUGCGACCAGAGGGGGCAAUGUCCUGGGGUUAGACGUACCCCGGCAAGGUCUCGUCCUGGCACUGCUAUCGGCCACAUUCAACCAUUCACAGGAGUAUCCCACAGUCAGUGCGGCGGCCGAGAGACUCUCGAACAACAUCGUCCGUGCCGCCAAGGCAGCUGGCGCCUAUAAUCCGUAUAUUGACCUCAACCAUGCUGCGUCCUGGCAGGAUCCUAUAGCGAGCUAUGGGAAUGGAAUACAAGCGUUUCUGAGACGGACUGCAGGGAAAUAUGACCCUCAAGGUGUCUUCCAACGUCUGUGUCCGGGGGGGUUCAAAGUCAAUUGA